GCUCGCCUGGGCCGGGGCUGCCCCGCACCGUGCCUAAAUCGAUAUCAGCCCUACCUAUCAGGGAAUCAAGCUGUCUGUUGCCCCGCCAUGCCGCCUUGGAGAUGGUGAGUGAAAGCGGCUGCGUCCUCAACACCGUGGAGUCAUAGAAGUUCUCCUCCCUUCACCUCCAUCAAGCCACACCUGUUUCACUCAUCAAACCCACAAAGACAAUGAUCUCACCUUCGCUGUGCUAGGUCGCCACAGCCUGCCCAGGCUGUGAUCUCCCGCUUGAUAGUUGACUAGCCUUGCAGGCUACUACUCACCGUUAACAGCCUUGCCCAUCUUCUAUCUGAAGAUACGAGAGAUAUCGACCAGCGCUCUACACACACUUCCCAUGUUCAGACCAUGAGCAGCAGCUGCCCUCGUCACAAUGACAGGCAAACUACCCGCCCCCCACGGCCAGCAGCGGCGCCUCAGGACCAAGACCAAUGAAGACAAAAGCUUCCCCGGCCUCAAACCGGCCGCCGGUGGGCCAACCAAGACUACUACCCAGUAUGAAGAAAUGCAGAAAGAGGAGUUGACGGUGCUGCGGGCCGUCUACGCCGACGACCUUUUCGAAGCAAAGGAGUCGCAUGGUGCCUGGAAGAAGACGGAACCUAGAUUUGACAUUCGAAUCAGGGCGUCCUCUGACAACGACGUCAACCUCAAGCUGGGCGUUGUCCUCACUGCCACCUAUCCAAAGUCAAUCCCUAUCCUAACCCUCAAAGACUGCGACGGCCUGCGGGAGUCCACCUUCUUCAAGAUACAAAAGUAUGUUGAGAGGGAGCCCAAGGUCUUCGCCGAGCGUGAGGAUGUCAUGAUCGAUGUCCUCGUCGAGGGCAUCAGGGAAAUCCUCGAGGAGGCAGCCCAAGCCGAGGCUCAAGGACUAGAGCUGCCAUCCCUCGAGGAGGAGCGUGCUGCCCACGAGGCGGAGCUUGCUCGCCAGGCGGAGGAGGAGCGACGCCGUCAAGAGCAAAAGCGCCUCGAGGAGACCAAGGAGGAAGAGCGCGUCAUGAGCAGCAGGGUAGAGGAUGAGAUGAACCGUCAACGCGCAAAGAAACUGGAGAUCCGCAAGAAGAACAGGAGCAGCCAGAUGCCUCCAGACCGCGCAGUUGAAGAUGCGACCGAUGCUGUCGCCAUUGUUUUCGACCAGCCAUGCAGGCUAGUCGACGCAGCCGGAAACGACUCGCGGUUCAACACAGUCGUGGGAAGGACACUCUUCCGGUCCGGUGCCAUUUCUAACAUCUAUCUGGUGCGCCCGGUGCUCGCUGUUGGCCUCGCCCGGCCAAAUCUUGCCUUGAAACAGGCCGAGCUUAAGUCCGGUGGUAAGGAUGCCGCCCAGUUCAAGAAGCAGCUACAGCUGCUCGAGUCCCAGCUUGAGCAGGCCAAGAAGAAUCGCCACAGCAAUCUCCUGGACGUUAUGGAAUUCCGGAUGGAGAGGAGGGGCGACGGUUCAGUGGAUGGGGCCUCUUCCUCGGAUUGGCUUGUCAGCAUCCUGAUGCCUUUUGCCGAGCGUGGCUCGCUCCAGGACCUGCUCGAGAUCGCAGGUGACAUCAGUAUUGACAAGGUGCGAAGCUGGACCAGGGACCUGCUCGAGGGUUUGAACUUUCUACACACCAACGGCAUCGUCCACAAGAGCAUCCAUCCCGGCAACGUUCUCCUGUUCCGCGACGCCACCGGCUCCAUCACGCCCAAACUGGCCGAUGCAGGCUUCCAGAGGGAGAUCCGCGACAUCUGCCUCAGCACCCGGGCAGUGCCGUCGAUGCGGGAGGCCAAGUCAGCUUACUGGUUCGCCCCCGAGGUUGCGAACACGGCAAAGCCGCACUACACGCAGAAAACGGACAUCUGGGACUUUGGUGUCAUGUUCCUGCAGACCGUCUUUGGUCUCGACGUUCCUCAGAGAUAUGAAUCGCCCAACGACCUAAAGGCAUCCCUCUCACUCUCGCCCGAGCUGGACGAGCUAGUGUCCAGCUUCUUCAGCGCAGAGUCAGCCAAGCGUAAACGCGCUUUCGACCUUUCUUCCAGUCACUUUUUGGCGACCAACGCCCCUGUCCUGGUCGACGACACACCAGAUGUGCUUUCUGAUUCGCCCUCGGUCCCGCGGUAUACCGGACUACGAGCGCGGCGAGGCUCCGUAAGCCAAAACGCCGCAGUUCCGUCCCGGUGGGCGCGCGAGUGGAUCGAAGAGAGCCGCCUUGGCAAGGGCGGGUUUGGCGAAGUCGUCAAGGCACGCAACGUUGUAGAGAGCGUUUCGUACGCCGUCAAGAAGAUCCGCCUACGUGCCGACGAAAGCCUCACGCCAGUCGUCAGCGAAAUCUCCGUCUUCAGCAGGAUGAGCCAUCCGUCAGUGGUCCGAUACGUCGGCGCGUGGAUCGAGGAUAUCAUCGUCGAUGGCUUCGAGUCAAGCGACGAGUCCUCGGGUAACCACGUCUCUGGAGACAUCUCUUCCCGCGACGCAGGAUCCUCGAUCGAGCUUGGGCCUAGCCACGGCGCGCUGGACUUCAUCUCGUCGAGCCGGCACGGCAUCGAGUUUGGGUACGAUUCUGACAACGACGAUGCGGACACGGAAAACGGCGAUGACGAUGAUAAAGGCUCGGGCGAGCCUGAUGACGACGAAGAAGGCGAGGACGGCGAGGAUGAUGAAGAUGAAGAUGACUCUGGAGACGAGGUGAGCGGGUCCGAGGCUAGCGCCGACCGCGCGCUUGCCGCUCGCAAGAGGCGUCUUCACCAACGGCCGAUCCAGAAGAUGAUCUACAUUGUGAUGGAAUACUGCGAAAAGAGGACGCUACGUGACCUCAUAGCGAACAACCUGUCAGACGACACAAACGAGAUUUGGCGACUGUUCCGUCAGAUGCUCGAGGGCAUGCAGCAUAUCCACGCUCUGAACAUCAUCCACCGAGACCUGAAACCCGAAAAUAUCUUCAUCAAAGUCGGCGCCGACGGCACUAACAUGGUCAAGAUCGGCGACUUUGGCUUGGCCACGGCCGGCAUGCGCGCCGUUGAUAAGAACUCGGCCGCGGCCGAUAUGGAUGCGGGCGACAUGACGCGGAGCAUUGGCACCUCGACCUACCUCGCCCCCGAGGUCCGGUCAGGAGCCAAGGGCACAUACACCUCCAAGUGUGACAUGUACGCUCUCGGAAUCAUCUUCUUCGAGAUGUGCUACCCACCUAUGCUUGGAAUGGAGCGGGCCAUGGUCUUUGAAAAGCUCCGGGGAGCCACACCGACGUUGCCCGCCGACUUUCGCCCGACGGACAAGAAACCGAGCCAGGUUGUGCUCUCGCUGGUCAAGCACUCGCCUGAAGCAAGACCGUCGGCCACGGAGCUGCUCAGGAGCGGGAUACUUCCCGUCGAGAUGGAGGGCGAUGCUAUGAGGCAGGUUCUGGCGAGCCUGGAAGACCCAAACAGCCUGGACUACUACGACUACGUCUCAGCUUUCUUCAAGAGGCCGAUCGACCAGACCAAGGACUACACCUGGGAUCUGGGCAUUGUCAGCAAGGGGCCGGCCGAGCUCAUGCGCCUCGUCGCGGCCAAAGACACGCUUGUCUCGAUAUUUCGCCGUCACGGCGCUGUCGAGGUGCCCAGAAGCGGUCUCUACCCGCCCUCGCCCCUCCACAUCCAAGGCAACACGGUCCGUGUUGUCGACAGCCACGGCGCCCUGCUCCAGAUGCCGUACGAUCUGAUGAUGGGCAACGCCAGGGUCCUGGCAAAGUGCACCUCAUCGACCCUGGUGCCGCGUUCGUACUCGUUUGGCACCGUGUUCCGCGACAAGGCCAGCGGAGGCCAGCCGCACACGUUCGGCGAGGCCCACUUCGAUGUGGUCACGGACGACGUGCUGGACCUGGCGCUCAAGGAGGCCGAGGCCAUCAAGGUGCUGGACGAGAUCAUCGCCAGCUUCCCGUCGCUGUCCUCCGGCCAGAUGUGUUUCCACGUUAGCCACUCGGAGCUGCUGCGGCACAUCUUCGACUUCUGCGGCGUCGAGCGGGCUGCUGCCCGCAAGGUUGCCGACACGCUUAGCAAGCUCAACAUUAGGGGUGUGACUUGGACAAGGAUCAAGUCGGAGCUUCGAUCCGCUGGCGUGUCGACCACCACUGUGGACGAGUUGCAGAAGUUCGACUUUAGAGAUACGCCCAGCAAGGUGUCGGCACAGCUCAAAACCAUCUUCCAGCGCACCAACCACUUCCAGCUCUUGUCUCCCACCCUGGCCCACCUCAAGGAGAUGUCGGAAUACUGCAAGCGGUUUGGCGUGCGCACCAAGAUGUUCAUUGUGCCCCUCUGGAGCUGGAACGAGGUGUUCUUCGCGGGCGGCAUCAUGUUCUCGUGCCUGUUUGACAAGCGCAGCAAGGAGAUCUUUGCGGCCGGCGGAAGGUAUGACGCGCUAAUCAAGGAGCAACGGCCCCGGAUCAGCACUCACUUUGAAGAGCGGCACGCGGUCGGAUUCGGCUUCACCUGGGAGCGGCUGGCCCAGGUAACCACGACGACGGGCACCAGCAAGGCCCAGCUCAGAAAGAGGGCCGCCGAGGAGGCCCAGGGCAUCACGAUACCGAAGCGCUGCGAUGUGCUGGUUGCUAGCUUCGACCCGACGCUGCUGCGGACGGCGGGCAUCGACGUGCUUCAGAUGCUGUGGGCGCAGGACAUAUCGGCCGAGCUGGCGCGCGACGCGCGCUCGCCCGAGGAGUUGGUCACUAAACACAGAGAGGACAGCCACUACUGGCACGUGAUUGUGAAGCAGCAGGACAUGGUCAAGGUCAAGACUCCUGGGCGUAAGGACGCGCCAGACGCCGACAUGCCACCCUCGCAGCUGUGCCAGUGGCUACGGGCCGAGAUGCGCGAGCGAGAGUCGCGAACGUCAGCCGCGGCGCACGCGGUCGAGACCCACCAUGGCUACGGAGCAGAGGGGCCGCACGGCCUACACCACCACCAGGUGCAGCAGCAGGAGGUGCGGGUGUUGAUGGCGCAAACGCGGAGCAAGAAGUCGAACCGGCAGGCGCUGGUGGAGCAGGCGCAGGCGGCGGCGGCGCGGCUCGUGUCGGGGUUCCUGGCCGGGCCCGUGGCAGCCAUCGAGACGACGGACGCGGUCAUGGAUCUGAUCCGGUCGACGGCGCUGUCCGACGCCGAGUCGUGGCGCAGGGCCGAGCAGGCCGUCGGCUCGGCGGAGCGCAAGUACAUGCGCGAGCUGCACGAGAUGCUCGAGAACUUCAAGAUCGAGGCCGCGUACCAGCGGCACCGCGGCGGCGGGGGCGCGGGCGGGAGC